UUGGAUGAAUCAGCAUCAUUACCUCUAAAAUUGACUUCUGUUUUCUGGAUACUUCAAAUUUUCCAGUCGUUCUGGUUUUCUAAGUGAAUUGUGCCAAAAAAAAAAAAAAUAGCAGCAAAGGCUGGGGAAAAUUACUAUAUCUGAGAUCCACUCGUCAACUAACCAAAGGAACUGAAAGAAAUUUCAGGUGAAUAUCAACGGUUUGUUGUGGGCAAAUUUCAGUGAACAGAAAUUUUCUGAAGUUGUAACAGACCUAUCUAACACCACGGUUGUAAAGAUGAUCUGGAGAUUGUUUUUUCUGCUCUUUGGAAAUGCUCUCACCCAGUUUAGCUGCCCCCAGAACUGCCUCUGCCAUCUUUUGCUGACAGAUUGUCGCUUUGCCGACCUCUCUGACAUUCCCCAGGGAAUAGCUCAAGAAACAGAGACACUCUUUCUGAAUGAGAAUCACUUAACUCAAGUUCCACCUGGAGUCCUUCAGCCUUUUGUCAAUUUAACUUUUCUUGGCUUGUCCUACAACAAACUCUCCCUGCAGAAUGAUACCUUCGAUGACAUCAGCAAAAGCAUCCUUAGUCUGGAUCUUGCUGGCAACAGUUUGACAGACCUUCCAGCUGCCUUGUUUCAAAACACAAAACAACUUGUUUGGCUAAACUUGGCUGAAAACAGACUGAGUGUGCUCCAUGGAAAGAUUUUUGCCUCCUUGGAAAGACUUACUUACUUGGACCUCUCUCAAAAUAGGCUACAGUUGACAGUAAAUAUGUUUAUGGGUCUUUCUCAGCUAGAUACCUUACUGACGCCAGGUAAUCAUCUUGACUCAGUCCCGGCAGGAAUUUUUGAUCCUCUUCCUAACCUGAAGAUCCUUGAUAUUUCCAAUAAUGAAAUAAGCAGUUUACCAGAUAAUUUGUUUGAAAACUUGACAAAUCUUAAUGAGUUGCUCCUUGACAAUAAUAGUUUCAAGAAGAUUCCAUUUUCUGCAUUCACUAUCCUCCCUACCUUAAAACAUUUCUCAAUUUCUGGGAACAGGAUACAAAAUAUUCCUCCCCUCUCAUUCAUUGGCAAUUCUAGCUUAACGAGGCUUGACCUGUCAAAUAAUUUGGUGUCUGACCUUCCCUUGAAUUUCUUCUCAGUGUUAAAGCAGCUGGAAUUUCUUAAUCUUUCUGGAAAUAAUAUAAACACUCUUCCAGGAGAUAUAUUUGUAAAUAAUACUCAGCUAGCAUUUUUGCAUUUGGACAGAAACCAGUUUCACAACCUGCCCAUUUUUUCCGGUCUUCAAAGACUGACAGAGUUAACAUUAUGUUGCAAUGGUAUAGAAAACCUGCCCAGAACCUUCACAGACAAAAUGUAUGAAUUAGAACGACUGGAUCUCUCCAACAACAAUAUAACAGAGGCCAAAGGGCUGAAUUCUAAUGUAACACGAGUAAUUUUGACUGGGAAUCCAGUCUGUACAAACUCAGUGGUUUUCAAAACACAUUGUUAAAAACCCAGACUAUGGCAAGGCAAAAAUAAAGGGGAUGAGAAUGGU